AUGGAUGUGGUAGUAGGCUGUUGCACUGAUGACUACUGCGGUAUCGUGGAUGUGGUAGUAGGCUGUUGCACUGAUGACCACUGUGGUAUCAUGGAUGUGGUAGUAGGCUGGUGCACUGAUGAUUACUGUGAUAUCAUGGAUGUGGUAGUAGGCUGUUGCACUGAUGACUACUUUGGUAUCAUGGAUGUGGUAGUAGGCUGUUGCACUGAUGGCUACUGUGGUUUGAUCCGCUGGAAUAAUGUGGAGCGGUACAUCACUGAGUUUGGGGUGGUGUUUGCGAUGCUGUUUGCCGGUGCGUCUGUAACCAUCUAUGGUGUAGCUAACACCCCUGGCUCCUUCUGGGAUGGGUUUGUGUAUGCUUGGUACGGCAACAUGUACGCAUGGGACUACUUUGCGAUGGCCUUAGGAUCGUCUGUAGUGGGAGAGAUUCUAG